CUGCAAAGUUUGCCUUCCAGUCACCCUCAGGCAGACGAACGGUAGAGAAAGGCCCCAGAGGGUAUUUUUCCAGGAGCGGUCACUCCCUCAAUCCAGGCGUGGAAGGGGAGGAGUGUGAGCUCAGUCCCGCCCCUUCUCCAAUAAACCGGACGCGCUCCCGGCUGGACGCCCGGAGUUGGAAGAGCCCGAACUUUCCCAAUGGUUUCGGUGACCAGAACCGUGUUUGGGGAGCUGCCCUCGGGCGCAGGGACGGUGGAGAAGUUCCAGCUGCAGUCAGAGCUGCUGAGGGUGGACAUCAUCUCCUGGGGCUGCACCAUCACCGCCCUGGAGGUCAAAGACAGGCAGGGGAGCGUCUCAGACGUGGUGCUCGGCUUUGCCGAGUUGGAAGGGUACCUGCAAAAGCAGCCGUACUUCGGAGCAGUGGUCGGGAGGGUGGCCAACCGAAUUGCCAACGGCACCUUCACGCUGGAUGGGAAGGAGUAUCACCUGGCCAUCAACAACGGGCCCAACAGUCUGCAUGGAGGACUCCGAGGCUUUGAUAAGGUCCUCUGGACCCCCCAAGUUCUGCCAAAUGGUGUCCAGUUCUCCCGCGUCAGUGCAGAUGGUGAAGAAGGCUACCCCGGAGAGUUAAAAGUCUGGGUGACAUACACCUUGGAUGGCGGGGAGCUUGUGGUCAACUACAGAGCACAGGCCAGUCAGACCACACCGGUCAAUCUCACCAACCAUUCUUACUUCAACCUGGCAGGCCAGGGUUCCCCAAAUAUAUAUGACCAUGAAGUUACUAUAGAUGCUGAUGCUUUUUUGCCAGUGAAUGAAACCCUUAUUCCUACAGGAGAAGUUGCUCCGGUGCAAGGAACUGCAUUCGACCUGAGGAAGCCGGUGGAGCUCGGGAAACACCUGCAGCAGUUCCACAUCAAUGGUUUUGACCACAAUUUCUGUCUGAAGGGAUCCAAAGAAAAACAUUUUUGUGCAAGGGUGCAGCACGCUGGAAGUGGGCGGGUGCUAGAAGUGUACACCACUCAGCCUGGGGUCCAGUUUUACACGGCCAACUUCCUGGAUGGCACGCUGAAGGGCAAGGGCGGAGCGGUCUAUCCCAAGCACUCUGGUUUCUGCCUGGAGACCCAGAACUGGCCUAAUGCAGUCAACCAGCCCCACUUCCCUCCUGUGCUGCUGAGGCCCGACGAGGAAUACAACCACACCACCUGGUUCAAGUUUUCUGUGGCUUAAGGAAACGUGAAGAUAGGACCCUGGAGAUUGGAGGCCGGGGGUCCCCGCAGCAGCCUGUCUCCUGUCCCAAGAUGGGAUGAGGAGUUAGAGGCUUUCAACGUGAUCCUAUGUGUUUUAAAAUCAUACAGAUGGUAGCUGUCGUGAUAAUCAGGCUGAGUGUUGAUUUCCUUUUCCAAGACUAGCUCCAGGCCAUGGCUAAUGAUCACUCUCUUCUCUGUGCAGUUCUGCGGGCAAGUCAGCUCAGCCAUCAGUGUCAUCGUCUAAGCCCUGACCCCUGUCCAGAAGCAGUGCCCAGGACUCUUGUGCUGUUGUUGGUUCCGCCUCUCUACCCUACCCUGUUCUUUCCUGCUUCCCGCCCUUCCUGUCUUUGAUGCUGCUCUCAUAGCUUUUCUAUUUCUUCCCACCCUCUAGCCCCUACCACAUUAUUCUGCUGCAGCACAAGAGUUUUCCAAAGUCAUACCAGCUCAUUCAGUAUGCCAACAGAUGGGCCUCUGUGCCUCCGGGAGGCAGCACCUGACUGACCAGAGAGGGAGCUCAGCUGAGAAACAGAGUGACCUCCCCACCACAAGCUACUAAAACUUGUAGCCAGGACUUGAGUUCAGGUCAUGCAAACUCAAGUCUCCUGCUUUGCCUGCACCUGAGUCCGCGAGAGCAUACCCAGGGUCACUGAGGAGCAAAGAGGGGUGUGAGCCCUAUUCCGUUAGAGCCAACUUUUCUUCCCAGAUUCACUUUUAUAAAUGAUGUGUUUGGGGUGGUGAUUUUUGCAGAAAUAUAUCCUGUACCUAUUAUCUACUCUAAUCAGUUGAAAUAAAACUAAAAUCUGCCUCUUCUGAA